CAUGAAACCAGCUAGGGGCGCCAUACUGGCGCAGCUGGUGCUUUUGUUUGCGACGCUCGGAACUUUUACACAGGCUUUAGAGUUUGAGAUGCAAUCCCAGAUUAAAUGUGUUUACGAGGAGAUUAAUAACAAUGUGAUCGUAGUUGGAGACUACAGAUCGCUGAGCAAGGACCUUAACCAGCCGAGCCCACCGGUCACAGUCAAGGUGGAAGACCCCCACGGAACAGUUUUGCAUGAGGCAACAGGCAAGACGGAAGGGCAAUUCGCGUUCACAAGCAAGACGGCUGGGGAGUACAAGGCUUGUUUCUCGGUUCUAGACAUUCAAACCGCUUACCAGACCAAGCUAAAGCUGGACUGGCGCACGGGUGUGGCCGCAACUGAUUGGAAUGCAAUUGCAAAGAAGGAGCAUCUGGACGCCCUCACGGUCGAGUUGCGAAAGCUGGAGGACAAUAUUCGCGAGGUGUACAAUGAGAUGCUGCAACUGCAGCAGCGCGAGCAGGAGAUGCGCAACAUCAGCGAGGAGACCAACACCCGGGUCGCUUGGUUCAGCAUUGCCUCCCUCGGCGUGUGCGUGGCUUCGGCGCUGGUGCAGCUCUGGUACCUCCGCCGCUUCUUCAAGCGGAAGAAGCUGCUGUGAGCGCCGCGUUGGCAACCUUGCGUUGUGGCGACAGCGGCUGCGGCGGCGACACAUUGGACCGGACCGGAUGCCGUGGGUUGGGGUGGGCAAGGGGGGAAUCUUUCUUCACUGGGCCACAAAAUGUCUGUGAAUACAGCAGCACCUUGUGUUUGAUGUGAUGAUUUGAAGCAGCUGGUACUUGUCCGGACGCACCAGUGUGGCGGCGGCAGCGGUGAUGCCGUUCGG